AACCAAACAACCAAUCAAUCAAUCAAUCAGUUAGACAGGUCAGUUGAUCAAUCGGAUCGAUAGAUCGCUAGUUCGAUAGCUCGAUAGUUCGUGUGGUUGCCUUCGUUCAUCUCAAGCAAACUUAUCGAAUUCAUAACUAACUGUAAAUAUCAAGCAGCUAUCAUUAAUACAUAGGCAGUUUCGAUAACAAAAUAACAGUAUACAUAUACAUAUUUAUGUAGUGCAGUGUUAAUUCAACCAAUAUCAUAACUAUCGAACCAAACAACAACAAUUGAUAUCGGAAUCGAGCAGCUACAGAAAAAACAACAACGAACAGCCGAAGGAGUCGAGGGAAGCGAAGGGAGCGGCGCAUGCUGCGGGUUUGUUGGCCUUGUGGAAGCGCCAACAUUUGCAGCAGCAACAGCGACGCCAGCAACAACAACAACCACAGCCACAGCCACAGCAACAACUACAGCAACAGCAACUAGAAACAGAACAGCAACAAUAAAUCUAUUACAACAGCCGCCUCAACACUGCCAAUGCCCUCAUUGCCAUCAUAAUAAUCAACAACGUCAUCAUCGUUUGUUUAGAUUUGAUACAACGUUUUAUCGCGUAAGCUAAAGCCCCAUCUGGUCGCCGACACCGUUAAGCAGUAUAUAAGUCGGGCGCAACCAACAACCAAAAAGGGUUCUCAAGAGCAACAAAAUAACAUGGAGUUUUUACGAGGCGUCUAUGCGUUUAUGCAAGUGAGUAGAUCAUCGGUGUCUCAUGUCAAAAUCGAUUCACCUGUUUUUCGCCUGCACACAAACGCAACGGUUAUUUUACUGAUCACAUUCUCGAUUGCUGUGACAACGCGGCAGUACGUAGGAAAUCCCAUAGACUGUGUACACACAAGAGACAUUCCCGAAGAUGUUCUCAACACAUAUUGUUGGAUACACUCAACGUAUACAGUUGUGGAUGCGUUCAUGAAAAAACAAGGUUCCGAGGUGCCUUUUCCUGGAAUUCACAAUUCACAGGGGCGUGGCCCUCUAACAAUAAAGCACACAAAAUAUUAUCAAUGGGUAGCGUUUACACUAUUUUUUCAGGCAAUCUUAUUUUACACACCAAGAUGGCUGUGGAAAUCUUGGGAGGGUGGCAAGAUUCAUGCGCUCAUCAUGGACUUAGAUAUAGGCAUUUGUUCCGAAGCCGAGAAAAAACAAAAAAAGAAAUUACUUUUAGAUUAUUUAUGGGAAAAUUUAAGAUAUCACAAUUGGUGGGCGUAUAGAUACUACGUGUGUGAGCUUCUUGCCCUAAUAAAUGUGAUAGGUCAAAUGUUUCUUAUGAAUCGAUUUUUCGAUGGCGAAUUUAUGACAUUUGGCUUGGAUGUGAUAGAUUAUAUGGAGACCGAUCAGGAAGAUCGCAUGGAUCCGAUGAUUUACAUAUUUCCCAGAAUGACCAAAUGUACAUUUUUUAAAUAUGGUUCAAGUGGGGAGGUGGAGAAACACGACGCCAUUUGCAUUUUACCAUUAAAUGUUGUUAAUGAGAAAAUUUACAUUUUUCUUUGGUUUUGGUUCAUAUUAUUAACGUUACUCACAUUAUUAACGCUAAUAUACAGGGUGGUUAUUAUAUUCUCGCCUCGAAUGAGGGUCUAUUUAUUUCGAAUGCGAUUUAGGUUAGUGCGUCGAGACGCUAUUGAAAUAAUCGUUCGUCGUUCCAAGAUGGGCGAUUGGUUUUUGUUGUAUUUACUAGGUGAAAAUAUAGAUACAGUUAUAUUUCGUGAUGUUGUACAGGACUUAGCGAAUCGUUUAGGACAUAACCAACACCAUAGGGUGCCUGGAUUGAAAGGUGAAAUACAGGAUGCAUGAUAUUGGGAGUAUUAGAAACAAUACAAAAUGCAAUAUGUCGUCUCCAUAUAAAUGCAACAACUACAACUACAACAACAACAACAGCAUUCAACUGUUUAGUACAACAACAACAGCAGCAGCCGCUUCAUAAGUUCAAAAUAAAACUGAUAAAAAAACGUAUCUUACAAAUACAACCAAAAAAACUAUCGUCAAUGCUAACACAUCGAAGUCAUUUUCAAUCACAAAUGCAAACAGCAUAGCUUGCAAGAGAGUAAAGUACAGGGACACCUCGAUAAACAAUAACGAUAAUGAUAACGACAUGGAUAGACACAUAAUGAUAAAGCAUAUACAAAAUUAGAGUAUCAAUAGAACCAACCACAACACAACGAAUGUAAGCGGACUUAACCGAACCACAAGCGAAAGAUUAAGAAGCAAGGCAAACGAAUCAACCAACAACGAAUAUUAAAAGAAGAAGAAAUCACAGAUAAAGAUAGAAGACCAAUCAUGAGAAGCAGCAGGAUAAGGAGAAUGUGGACGCAGCUGCAGCAGCAGAAGCAGUUGCAGCCACAGGAUGCAGCAAGCAGAUGCACGUGGCGAAUGCGUCUGUGUGCGUAUCCCAUGGAUUCAAGUCAAGAAGUUACGAAAAUAGAAGUUGCCCAAGGACAAGAACAAAGUGUGUGAACAACAACAAACACAAGAAACAAGCAAAAAGCAGAAGGAAGCGAAAGGAAGCGACAAGAAAGGCACAGCAAGGAAUGGAAGGAACUCUCUAACUCUCUAUCAUACUCACAUGCAAACAUAUAAAAACAUACACACACACACACACAAACACACACACAAGAGCACAAGACAUUUAAGCGGCAUUACUCAUACGCCCCGUAGACGCUGAGACCAUCACACAUCUGAAUUCACCGCACACCACCCCGCACUUUGCUUGUCAUGCAGCAACACAACAAAA